AUGAAUGACGUUUCGUGUGGGGAGAGCAGCUCCUACGUUGGGCGAGAUUACACAGCCGAAUUUACGACUGACCAGAUAUUUGAAACUAGAGCUGUCAUGGUAGAUUGGGUGCGAAGAGUUGGUAAGGAAAAUGGUUUUGUGAUUGUUAUAAGUAAAUCUGCUAGUAUAAAAGGCAACAAGAUGCCGAAAUGCAUUUUUAUUUAUGAAAGGGGAGGAUUGUACAGACCGCCACCGGAAGGGCAUUCAAUGCAAAGGAUUACUGGAACUAAAAAAUGUGAUUGCCCAUUUAAGCUGCGAGGUGUACCACAACCUCCAGACGGUGUCAUGUGGAGUUUGAAGGUUGUUAAAGGUUUUCAUAACCAUGAACCAGUUGAAAGUUUUGAGGGACAUGAGUACCCAUCAAGGUUAACCCCAAUCCAGCAGCAAUUAGUUCGUGACAUGUCUAGCAGUACCGCGCCUCGAGAAAUUCUUAAUUUCCUGAGACAACAAGACUCAUCAAUUAGUACAGGAAUCAGGAGUAUUUACAAUGUGAAUGCACAAUAUAAGAAAGAGCAAUUAGGGGGUCUAUCUCCUAUUGGGUACGUCUUGAAUGAAUUAAAGGAGAAAAAUUACAUUUACGACUAUCAUACAAAUGAACACACCAACGAAAUCACAGAUAUUCUUUGGGUUCAUCCUAGAAGCCUAGAGCUAUCUGUCAAUUUUUCAUCCGUGUUGAUUAUUGAUGCGACAUACAAGAGUAAUGAGUAUCGGAUUCUACUCUUGGAAGUUACAAAAGAACGACUGAUAUGGGCAUUGGAUACUUUAAAGAGAUGGAUGGUUGGAAAAGGGGUAGCGUUGCCAUCAGUGGUUGUUUCAGAUAGGGAUAUGGCACUUCUUGGCGCCAUUGAAAUAUGUUUUCCCUUCGCACAACACAUCCUUUGUAUUUGGCACAUAAAUCAAUGUGUAAUAAAGAAGUGCAGCCCUAUGCUUGGUACGAGGUGGGACGAAUUUUUCGAGGCAUGA